GUGGGCCUAUCAGAUUCCUCGAUCGUCACGAUUACUAAGUCUCGCGCUUUCAAGCUAAAAUGUCUACCUGUGAUAAUCGAGUUGCAAAGUUCAAGGUUCAUUCAAUGUCAAGGUUUCCGUGGAGGUCGCGAUGCCACAAUCUCUGAUUGGACGCUACUGCUCACGUGUCUGUAGAUAACAUAGCUAUAAGUUCGGGAAUUGUGAAGUAAACAAGCAACGUACAGAUUCAAAAUUCUAAAUUUGAUAAUGUCGUGCUAUGUCGUCUAAUUUCUAACUUCUAUUCAUGUAAUUUCUAAUUUAAGACAAUGUAUAAUCCAAUUUUUUUUUUGUUCAACGUAAAUUUUAAUUCUAUUUCAUCUUAUUUCUAUUAUUAAGACGAAAAAUGUCUUCUUCAUGUUUAGCAUGAACAUCGAACAAAUUUAGAAUUUUACCCUUCUAGUUCUACCUAGCAACCAUCGUUGUGGAGUCGUUUGGUGUCGCCAAAUAUAAACGACUCGCCCUUCGACUGAUUGAACGGUUGGACAGAGUGCUAAAAGUGAAAUCCUGAAAUGAAAUGGGGUUUAACGUCCUACUGUUCUGCUCCAACUGGGCUAAUGAUACGCUAUACAGUGUGCUAUGAGAUAAAUUUGACCUGGACAGCGGAGCUAAGGUCUACUCUUAUAUCUUAUUCCAACUGCCGUGUAGGGACCUUCCAAGAAAAUUUUGGAAAAUUUUGCCGCUUUCGUGACUUUGGCAUUUGAGUUACUAGUAGGUUUCAAUGGUAAUAAUGCGUUUUGGUGACAUAAAUCGCUUGAAUUUCGUAGUUUCAUUUUGGAUAACAGAAACCAUAGGCGUAGGACACAGAUUUGUCUAUAUAGGACACAUACAGUUGAUAUACUAAACUUAGGCUGUUUGUCUACAGUUAGCUCCUAUCAUACUAAACUUAGGCUGUCUGUCUACAGUUAGCUCCUAUCAUACUAAACUUAGGCUGUCUGUCUACAGUUGGCUCCGCUUGAGAACAGACACUAAGCUAGUUGACCGACAUUUUAAGUCCUAAAUCGACGAUUUUAGUCACCUUCGAGAAUUCAUUCUGCUUCCAAUCAAUGGAAUUGAAUAGGUUUAUUUAGUCUUUGUGUGUGUGCCAGGUGUGAGUAGAAGCGCAGUAGAAAACUAUAUACUAAUUUUAGGAUAUGGCGGCCAUUUAGGACAGAGAUCUAUUCUCGAAGUAUGAAUUAAAUAGAUCUCUGUGUGCAGAAUGAUAGCGUGACAUCAGUAGAAACCAAUGUUAAGUUUCAAUGUUUGGAUCAGCAUCUGUUGGGGGUUUUUUUUCAGAAUAAAAAGGUACUCUUGAUUUUGUAUAUAGUCUGUUAUGUUGUACGAGAGAGAGAGAGAUGGGGUUAAACGUCCACUCGACACAAACCCGGUCAUUUCGGGACUAACAUAUGGUUCAAUUUUAUUUCAAUAAUUCGCUUGCGCGUAGGGGUCUUUAGCAGUGGGAGGAAAUUAGAUGACCCGGAGAAAACCCACGACGCUGGACAGGCAACCAUACUCCUUGUCACGUACAACCGGGGAAUCAAAACCACACCAGCUGACUCAAUGACAGACCGUAUGAUACAACCCGCACGCGCUAAUCAUUUGGCCAUCCGAACCCUCGUUAUGUUGUACUUAAAUCUUAAGAUUUAUUUGUGUUAUUUCCUUUUCAUUACUUAAAAUUGAUAGAUGAAUCAUUUGUCGGUCUAAUUAUACUGAUGUUACAUAUACAGUUGAAAGUCUACUCAAUGAAGAUAUUUAACAGCAAUUGUUUCUUCCUAAUAUAAUUAUACAUUAUAUUAUAGUACUAGAUAUAAUCAGCAUGGUGGUCUGGAGAUUCAUUUUAGUCAGUUUUAUAUUUAUUUAUUCUAUUAAAGCACUAGAUGUGUGUGAAGACACCUUUGUUUGUAUGACAUAUAAAUCUAACUGUUUCCCCUACCCCUCUGAAGAUUGGCAGAUCACACAUUGUAUGAAGCUAUGUGGAAUAUGUACAGAUGGUGGAUGUAGUGAUGGUUAUUAUGAAGCUUCUAGAACCAGCUGUAAACCAUGCAAUAACUGUAGAGACAACAUCUGUAAUAAAUCAACUGGUAGAUGUAGAGAAUGUAAUAAAGGAUACUACGGCCCAGACUGUGACCAAACUUGUGGUGGUAAUUGUUACAAUGGCGGGUGUGAUAGAGAUGGGAUUUGUUCUAGUUGUAAAAUAGGUUAUCACGGUUCAAGCUGUAACCUAACUUGUGGUAGUAAUUGUUACAAUGGCGGGUGUGAUAGAGAUGGGAUUUGUUCUAGUUGUAAAAUAGGUUAUCACGGUUCAAGCUGUAACCUAACUUGUGGUAGUAAUUGUUACAAUGGCGGGUGUGAUAGAGAUGGGACGUGUUCUAGUUGUAAACCAGGUUAUCACGGUUCAAGCUGUAAUCUAACUUGCAGUGGGAAUUGUUACAAUGGCGGGUGUGAUAGACAUGGGAUUUGUUCUAGUUGUAAAAUAGGUUAUCACGGUUCAAGCUGUAACCUAACUUGUGGUAGUAAUUGUUACAAUGGCGGGUGUGAUAGAGAUGGGAUUUGUUCUAGUUGUAAAAUAGGUUAUCACGGUUCAAGCUGUAACCUAACUUGUGGUAGUAAUUGUUACAAUGGCGGGUGUGAUAGAGAUGGGACUUGUUCUAGUUGUAAACCAGGUUAUCACGGUUCAAGCUGUAACCUAACUUGUGGUAGUAAUUGUUACAAUGGCGGGUGUGAUAGAGAUAGGAUUUGUUCUAGUUGUAAAAUAGGUUAUCACGGUUCAAGCUGUAACCUAACUUGUGGUAGUAAUUGUUACAAUGGUGGGUGUAAUAGAAAUGGGACUUGUUCUAGUUGUAAAAUAGGUUAUCACGGUUCAAGCUGUAACCUAACUUGUGGUAGUAAUUGUUACAAUGGCGGGUGUGAUAGAGAUGGGAUUUGUUCUAGUUGUAAAAUAGGUUAUCACGGUUCAAGCUGUAACCUAACUUGUGGUAGUAAUUGUUACAAUGGCAGGUGUGAUAGAGAUGGGAUUUGUUCUAGUUGUAAAAUAGGUUAUCACGGUUCAAGCUGUAACCUAACUUGUGGUAGUAAUUGUUACAAUGGCGGGUGUGAUAGAGAUGGGACUUGUUCUAGUUGUAAACCAGGUUAUCACGGUUCAAGCUGUAAUCUAACUUGCAGUGGUAAUUGUUACAAUGGCGGGUGUGAUAGAGAUGGGAUUUGUUCUAGUUGUAAUAAAGGGUACCACGGCCCAAGCUGUAAUCUAACUUGCAGUGGUAAUUGUUACAGUCGAGGGUGUGACAGGGAUGGGGCUUGUUCCAUUUGUAAAAUAGGGUACCACGGUUCAAGCUGUAACCUCAAAUGCAGUGAUAAUUGUUACAAUGGCGGGUGUGACAGGGAUGGGACUUGUUCCAUUUGUAAAAUAGGGUAUCAUGGUCCAAGCUGUAACCUAAAAUGCAACGGUAAUUGCUACAAUGGCGGGUGUGAUAGAAAUGGGACUUGUUCUAGAUGUAAAAAAGGGUAUCACGGUCCAAACUGUAAUCUAACUUGUAGUGGUAAUUGUUACAGCCGAGGGUGUAAAAGGGAUGGAACUUGUUCCAUUUGUAAAAUAGGGUAUCACGGUUUAGGCUGUAACCUAACUUGUAGUGGUAAUUGUCGGGAUGAAGGGUGUAAAAGGGAUGGGACUUGUUCUAUUUGUACACCAGGGUACCACGGUUCAAACUGUGAGUUAAAAUGCAGUGGUAAUUGUUACAAUGACGGGUGUGAAAGAAAUGGGACUUGUUCCAGAUGUAAAAAAGGGUAUCACGGUUCAAGCUGUAAUCUUACUUGUAGUGGUAAUUGUUACAAUGAAGGGUGUAAAAGGGAUGGAACUUGUUCUAGCUGUAAAAUCGGGUACUAUGGUCCAGGGUGUAAGUUUAAAUGUAGUGAAGGGUGUUCUACUGGUAACUGUAGUAAAACAGAUGGAUCGUGUACAUGUAAACCAGGUUACAGUGGUCGACGAUGUACAAUUAAAUGUAACAACAACUGUGAAACAUGUGACUCAAGAGGAUGUUUUAAAUGUAAUAAAGGUUGGUUUGGUGAUGAAUGUCGACAACCAUGUUCUGGUAACUGUCUUGCUGGCUGUUACAAAGAUGGCGGUAAAUGCUUACGCUGUAAAGACAACUUGGUUGGCGAGUUCUGUAAUGGAACCUGUAGUGAUGGGUGUAAAAUGAUAGAAAAUAAACACAUUUGCUCCAGAAACGGUAGAUGUUUACAUGGUUGCAAUGAAGGUCGAUAUGGUAUGGCUUGUGAUGCUAUUUGUAGUGUUUCCUGUGAAGGUGGAUGUAGUCAGGAAUCGGGUACGUGUACAACAUGUAUCGACGGAUAUCACGGUGAAUUGUGUCAAGACAGGUGUAGCAAUACGUGUAGUUCCUGUGAACGGUACAGCGGUAAUUGUUCAGAAUGUGAAGAAGGAUAUUGGAGUUCAGAUUGUGAUAACACCUGUUGUGCUACCUGUAAAGGUGGAUGUGAACGGUACAGCGGUAAGUGUACACAAUGUAAAGAAGGAUAUUGGAGUUCAAAUUGUAACAGUUCUUGUAGUUCUGGAUGUAAAGGUGAAUGUGAACGGUACAGUGGUAAUUGUACAGAAUGUAAAGACGGAUAUUGGGGUUCAAAGUGUGACAAACAUUGUAGUUCUGGAUGUAUGGACCGGUGUGAUUAUAGAGACGGUGAGUGUACACAAUGUAAAGACGGAUAUUGGGACCCACUGUGUAACAACACUUGUAGUUCUGGAUGUAUUGACCGGUGUGAUCAUAGAGAUGGUAAAUGUACACAAUGUAAAGAAGGAUAUUGGAGUUCAGAUUGUGACAACACCUGUAGUUCUACCUGUAAACCAAGAAUUAGUUCAACUAUACCUGUAUGUCAUCCGUAUAAUGGAACAUGUGUUGAAGGAUGCCAACCUGGCCACACAGGACAUAACUGUACCACAGAAGUAAGCCCACCUGUAGGUCGAGUAUUGGUUGGUGUGAUUGGUGUGAUUGGUGUGAUCAUUGGUAUCAUGAUACUAGUUACAGGAAUGGUUGGCUUGUACUGUUACAUAAACAGACACCAUCCUGUUAGAGAUAAAGAGUCGGCUCAUAUCCACGACAAUAUAUUUCUAGUUCCUGAAACACCAUCGGCCAAUACUAUUCCAACACAAUGUAAUGUUGUGUAUGAAUUGACGUCUAAUGAUAUAUCUGCUCCACCAGAUAAAACAGGAGAAUCUGGUUUAAUACACCAAACAUUGAAAGAUACAGAUCAUAAAAAUUCUGUAGUCUAAAGAACCCAUUUUAAUUUAAUAUAAUUAUGUAACAUUGAAAGAAGGCGAAUAUACAAUGUCUUAUUUCAACUGGGUUGAUGCAAUGUCUUAUUUCCACUGGGUUGAUGCAAUGUCUUAUUUCAACUGGGUUGACGCAAUGUCUUAUUUCAACUUGUGACGGUGUAUUAACUUUUCGACAGACAAAAAUUGUGUCUAUUAUUUUUAGUUUCGCUAUCAUGUACGUAAAAUGGAUAAAAUAUCUUCGAAUGCUUUGUUUGGCAUCCCUGCAUUCAAACUUGACGCAGCGAUCCUUCUACGUCAUACAUCGAGAUUAUGAUCACUGCCCCAGUUAGACUCCAUUUAAAACGCUCACAUGAUCAUUUUGGGGCGAGACUUAUCGACUGGACUACUGCUUUGUGUACACAACAGAGUAAAAAUAACCCGAUGAAGCACAUGUAUUAUGUAAACACGUGUCAUUGGCAAAAUGUCAACUUCUGCCACUACGUUAAAAGAUGUAUAUAAUAUGUGCUAGUGGGUAAUAUUACAAUACAUUCUUUGCCAUUGUAAACUGUCUUUAGAGUUUCAACCUGUUUAUCUUUCAAAACAAGGUUAGAUACUCCUAAAUUUGUUUUCGCAAACAAAACCGCCUCUGUGAAAUUAUGUUUCAUGGGCGCCGCCAUAUAUUUUAAUUAGAGGACUAUUUUGUGAUUCAGCUUUGAUUAGUUUGACAUCUUUCAUACACACAGCGGCUAAAUAAACAUAUUUAAUAUCUUUCAAUAUGACAAUAGAACAGAAAUAAAUACUUUUAAAAAUUACUAAAA